AUGGAGGAAAAUUUAAACUCUGUUGAUAAUAUUUUGAAAAGACAAGCAUCAAGAAUCAGUCAAGGUAUUCAUUUGCUAAAUACAAACACUACUACCAAUAAUAAUAAUACUGACGAUGAUGAUAAUACUUCUAAUGAUGAUAAUAGUAUUGAUAGUGCAGGUGUAACGGAUAGCAUGAGUGGAAGCAUGAUCCAUAUAAUAAACACUUCAACUUGUGACUCCUUAUCUUCCUCCAAUUCAUUCGAAGAGAAUUACCGUUAUGAUCCUACCAACCAAAAUAACAUAGAAUUAAAUAAUGGAACAGUAGAGCAAACUUUUGAUGAAAUAGCAUCCAAGGCUUCCAGUGUGAAAUCAAAAGCUACAGAUCUACGAAAUAAAUUAUACCGUACAAUUACCCAUGAGAGAAAAUCUAGUACUUCAAAAAAAAUUCCAGAUCAAGCCUUAGAUGAUAUUAAGUUCGAUACCUCAAAUUUAAAUGCACAAGAAAUUCAAGAUUCAACCUCUUGUGCUACUUAUCCACCAAUUUCUAACAAUUAUCUUGUAGUAUCAAAAAAACAAUCAAAUUCAAGUUCAAGUUCCGUUAAACAUUCUCUUAGUUUCAGACCAUUAUCUCAUGUUCUUACUACUGUUCAAACAAGAGUUAAAAAACAUGCUGAAAGAGAAAUGCAAGAGAAGAUUGAUGAACUGGGAGUCACAGAUGCCCAAAGGAUCAAGACUGAAAAUCAAUUGAAAUUGGAUUUAAAGGAAAAAUCAAUGUUUCAAAGAUUGAGCCCACAUAAGGGGAAAAUCUUUCAACGGUGGUCUAAAAAUGUCUUUUAUGUUGUUUUAUUCAUGGCAAUAGUGUUACCUAUAUUUUGGGGAUGCCUUUAUAGAAGAGAUUACUACUUAGCUACUGUUAACUUCUUAAUAUUAGUAGGGAAUGAUGAAGUUCAAACUAACCCAAAUUAUACUUUUAUUGAUUCAAAUAAUAUGAAAUUAACUACCAAUAUUAUUCCUUUUUUGGAAGAAGCUCAUAAGGCAAGAUAUAGAAUCUUUAAUACCACCACUUAUAUGGAAAAAUUUAAACUACAAAAAUAUAAAGAUUAUGACAAUUUAACAGAAAUUAUAACAAAUCAUGUUUAUGAUCAAAUCCAUAGAGAGAGAUAUUGGGUUGCAUUAAAUAUUUUACCAAAUUCUACUCAAACUUUAUUAAAUUCUUUCUUACCAGAAAAUCAAAAAGAAAAUAUUUUUUCAUUUUCAAAAUUUUUCCAAUUAUGGUUUGAAGCUCAAAGAGAUCCAACAAGUGUGGGUGCAAAUAUGACUCCAAUCUUUUUAAAAGCUGAAGCUAUUUUUCAAAAUUAUUACAGUAAAGUAUUUUAUCCAAGUUUAUUACAAAAUAUUUCAAAUUCAAAUAUUAAUAUCUUUAAUGAUUUAAAUCAAACUCUUUUAGCAGAAAAUGGUGUUACUACGUUUUCUUCUCAUGAUCCAAGACCUUUCGAUGAUAUGGGUGUUUUCUUACCAAUGGAAAUUGGUUUAGUAUUUGCUCUUUUAAUGACUAUUUUCCAAUUCAUCUUGCAUGCUGGUUUAUAUAAAAGUAUUAGAAAAUAUUUGACAUUUGCAGAAUUUAUCGUCUUUAGGAUUGUUUGUCAAUGGACCACUUUAUUUUCAGUUUCAUUAAUUUGGGUCACUAUUGCUGCAAUGUUUCAAAUAGAUUUUACAAAAGCUUUUGGUAAAGGCGGGUUUAUUGUUUACUGGAUGUCUUGUUAUUUGACAAUGUUAGCAUUAGCAGGUGCCAAUGAAAACGUCCUAUCAGUAAUCCUAACAUUCGAACAAAGAUUUAUUAUGCCAUGGGUCAUUUUUUUCAUUAUUUUAAACAUUUCUUCUUCAUUUUUCACAUUGGCUCUUAACAAUCAAUUCUACAGGUUUGGUUAUGGUUUCCCAUUACACAAUUGUAUUUCAAUUUUCAAAGUUGUAUUAUGUAAUGCUUCAAAACAUAAAAUGGGUAGAAAUUAUGGGGUAUUGAUUGCCUGGAUAGCCAUUAAUAUCUUUUUAUUCCCAUUUGUUUUGAAAUUGUGUGAUUGGGGGAAAAAUAGAAAGGCAUUAAAAGAAAAAGAAAUUAUUGAAGCGGCUAAAUUGAAAAAAGAGCUAACUGAAAGGCGCGAAUUAAUGCUAUCUCAUAAUAGAAACCCUUCAAAUGAUUCAAGAGACGUUAUUACUGAACAUUUCUCUCAAUACCAAAUGGGAUCAAAACAAGAUAGCACUGAUGAUGAGUCAAGCAUUCAAUCAGAUACUCCAGAUACUCCAUCCGAUUCCAAUAUGAUUCCUCGAAAGGUUUAUACAGGAAAAUCAUCAAAUUAA